ACUUGUUCCGCUAGGAAGAGGCAAAGCGAGAGGAUUUACUGCGUGCGAUAAGCCCUUUUUGUAUGGUCUAUGAGAGAGUGCCGAAUUACCAAUGGGGGACUUUCAGCAAUUUGAACAGGACUUCUACCAGUCAGGGUAUUACAUCGAUGACCAGGGACAGGUGGCCUACGACUAUGGCGAUGGCUAUGACCAUAACCCAGAGAAUGAGGAUGAUGGCAUAGAUGUGUCCAUGCCUGGUGUGUUCACCCCCUCUACGGGCCAGGCCUUCCAGCCUUCAAAGCCUGCUGGGACAUAUCAAAACACAGCUGGAACAGACGGAUCAUUUGAAGAGGAGCCUCCGUUGCUGGAGGAGCUUGGCAUUAAUUUUGAACACAUAUGGCAGAAGACGUUGACAGUGCUGAACCCUAUGAUGCCAGCAGAUGGCAGCAUCAUGAAUGAGACCGACCUGACGGGCCCUAUUCUGUUCUGUAUCGCUCUGGGUGCCACUUUACUUAUGGCAGGCAAAUCCCACUUUGGCUAUGUCUAUGGGAUCAGUGCCAUCGGCUGCAUGGCGAUGUACACCCUGUUGACCCUGCUGAGUUCCCUGACUGUGUCCUAUGGCUGUGUAGCCAGCGUUCUGGGCUACUGCCUCCUACCCAUGGUGGCACUAUCGGCAUUCGCAGUCAUCUUUUCCCUACAAGGGAUCAUUGGAACUAUCCUGGCCUUGCUGGUGAUUGGCUGGUGCAGUUUCUCAGCUUCCAAGAUCUUCAUCUCCACCCUGGCUAUGGAGGGCCAGCAGCUGUUGGUAGCGUACCCCUGUGCCCUGCUUUAUGGAGUCUUUGCCUUGCUAACAAUGUUCUAAAGGCCACUACUGUCGCUGACUGUCAGAGAUCCCAUUUCUGAGGCACUACGUGUCCCAUAUGGGUAUCAGUGCGAUAUAUGGGUGUGAAAAUAACAUUGAGUUAUAAUUAUAUAGAGUUGUAUUCCUUUCUUUUUUUGAAAUGGGGACUUGGUUUCUUCAUGGGGGUUACUUUACACUGUGAAAAAUGUAAUCUGGGUGUGUGAUUGGUUGACAUUUGUGCAUUGGAAUGUGCCAAUAAAUGUCAUUUGAAAUGUUA